AUGUUCAACUUCAACUUCUUCAAGUCUGCCCCGGCCGAGACCGAGUCCAACCAGGAGAACAGCUGGAACCCCAACACUGUCGCCAUGCAGCAGCCUUCCAGCCCUGCCGCUCCCUCUACCAACCAGCAGGUUGUCUCUGAGCAGCCCGCCAACCAGGAGGAGAUGUCCAUGCAGCUCCGCGGUGGUGGUGGCGGUGGCCUUUGCUGUGGAAUCUGCGCCGGUCUUGCCUGCUUCGAGUGCUGCGAGAUCUGCUGUUAG